GGAAUUCGUGGAGCUGCCCCACAGGCAGGGUGGUUGACAGACUCGCCUCGUUAACUGAAUGUCACAGGUUUGAUACGCUGUUGGUUUGUGGGUGUACACUGCCGAACAGUCUCUAAACCAGGACGAAAUAUGUUUCGAGUACUACCUCCCCUUCAGGGGUUCUCUAACUAAUUUCAGUUUGGAAUCUAACGUGAAAUCAAUCAAAUCUCUGCAAGUUAAAAUUACUUUGAGGUGUGAGUGAAUAAAUUUACAGGGCUUACAGAAAAUCUGUUUGAUACACUUUAAUACAGAGUUUUACUUUUUAAAAGGCGUUUAAUUUGCAGCAAACUGCAUUGCGUAUGUCAGGGAAAAAAUAUUUUCCACAAUGACGAGAUACCGCAGUAUCUUUUAUAUGUAGGUAUACUCUAAGCAAUUCGCUACACACAACCGAAUCAGUCAGAUGAUAGUGAUAUAUAGCUAAUGGAAAAAGUGUGAUUACACAACUCCGAUACAAGGUGCUAAAAUCGAAAAUAUCGAGAGAGAGAGAGAGAGAGUAAUGAAUGGUAGGCGAAAAUAUCAAGACGAUGUACUUAUGAACCUCCUUGUUGCUUAAAUGUAGACCAUUUAUAUAAAUGUGCUUUAAAGUAUUAUCAAAGUGGGGGCAAGCUAAUAAAUCAUUAGGCCACUGGAUAUUACUAGUUUAUUGCAUCACUAAUUUCUUGUUUGUACAAGUGUCAUCGGAAUGCCAAAUAAUACUGAUUUUUAGCCUCUCAGUACUAUAGUCUAAAACAGUACAAAAACAUCCACCACGUCACUUUUUUUCCAACUAAGUUUUCCAUUAUUUCACUUUAUUUUAAUAAACAAACAAACAAACAAAGGAGUUACAUAUUACCACAGUAUCCAAGUUUUACUAUUAAAUUACUUCCGUCAUUCUGUUUACUGACGUCUUAAGUUAUGUCAGUGAUUACUUCAGUUUAAAUUUUACUGGUAUAGAUAGAGUUAACAUUCUUCUUAAUCUGAUGCAGACAUAUUACGCGCUCCUCAUUAGACUGUUAAAACAUUUUAGAUAUCGCCUGUUAAACUGCGUCAGCGAAAUAUGUUUACAUGAAACUGAUUUUUAUGCAGAUUUCAUGUUUACGAUAAAAAUCUUAGUACGAGUAAACGAGCCAUUAUGAUGACAUGCGAGAACAUCCGACAAAGACUUGUUAACUAGUUAUCAAUUCAAGGUUGAACAACCAUUUUUGCGGUGAUUUUUUAAACUGUAUUAAGUGCCUAUCUAGACAUCAGACCAUAUGGCCAUUUUCAAUAUGAUAUUCGGAAAUAUGGUAUUGCACACUUUACAAUGCUUGACAUUGAUCAGAUGGGCAUAGAAACAGUUAUUAAACAAGCUUUACAAGCGGUGAAUCCAAGAUUAGAAAGACCAAUUCAUUUAAGCUUCGAUAUUGACGCUAUGGACCCUACUAUUGCUCCAAGUACAGGUACAGCAGUUCCAGGCGGAUUGACACUACGUGAAGGAUUACGAAUAUGCGAAGAAAUUUCAGCAACGGGAAAGCUGUCUGUUGUUGAAAUGGCUGAAUUAAAUCCCCUGUUGGGAUCUCCAGAAGAUGUAGAGAAAACACAACAAACUGCUGUGCAUAUACUAAGAGCAUGCUUAGGACAUUGUCGUUCAGGACAUUUGCCAUUCAAAGUAAAUUCAUUAGCUGAAGAAGCAUACAUAUCAAAAAUUGAUUUUUUGCAAACUUUCAAUAAAAUCGACAAGUCGAAGAAAGAGUUGUUUCGUAAAACAGAAUUAAUUCUGAACGUGUCUAGAACUAACUCUCCUACCAGCCAUAGUAAUAAUUAUAAUAAUCAUAAACAGGUUAGUAAUUAUACUAAUUAUCAACAGGAAAACAAGCCAAAUAAUCCUAAAAGAUAUUUAGGUUCACUUGUGACAAAUCUGUUUGAUGAACAAAACUAUGUACUGAAAAGGAAAUUCAAUAUUAACAAUCUAGUUCUAUUUCCAUUUGAAACGAAUAACCCAUACACCGAUGACAGGAUAUUAGCUCAAAUGAGUUAUGUACCAGUACAAGUAGUAGAAGCUCGUAAAUCUGGUCGAGUAAAGAGAAAACGCAUUCAGUAUUACGACAGAACUGGUGUUUCAAUUCCCAAUCUUUCCAUUUGUCCUGUUAAUGAAUGUGAUAUUGUCUAUGGCGCUAGUGACAUGCAGAAAGCAGACUUGGUUGUUUUUGAGAGUGGACAUUCAUACUUUGCAUCACCCAAGCCAGCAAAUCAAACCUGGAUCCUUUAUCAUCUCGAAUCACCGGCGAAUUUUGAUUUUGAGGGAUUCAAAGACAAGAUUAAUUUCACUGCUACAUACUCUAUGGAUUCAACUUUAGUUACACCUUAUUAUAAAUACAUAUCAUAUAAAGACGUUGAACGCAAGGAUUUCAACAACAGUACUCAAUUAAUCAAAGAUUAUUCAAUAGGAAAAACUAAAAUGGUUGCCUGGUUUGUAAGCAAUUGCGUUUCAAACAGCCCACGACUUGAAUAUGCCAAAACACUGAAAAAAUAUAUCCAGGUUGAUAUUUAUGGUGCAUGCGGCACACUGGUCUGUGAACGAAGAAAUGAAGAAUGUUUCAAACUGCUCAAAAAUGACUACAAAUUCUAUUUAAGCUUUGAAAACAGUAUAUGCCAAGAUUAUAUUACUGAGAAACUAUUUUUGAAUGGCUUAAAAAAUACAAUUGUCCCAAUUGUAAUGGGUGCCUCAAAAGCAGAAUAUAUGCGAUCCGCUCCAUCGAAUUCAUUUAUUCAUGUGGAUGAUUUUAGUUCAGCUAAACAAUUAGCCGAUUAUCUACACUAUCUUGAUAAAAAUACCACAGCUUAUAAUGAAUACUUUCAAUGGUUAAAAUAUGGAACACUUGAUUUUAACACAUUCACUGACUGUCGUCUAUGUAUGUUGGCGCAUGAAGUUGAAAACCUGAAAGAUGGUCAUUGGUAUACAAAUAUGGGUGAAUGGAGGAAUAAUCAGUGCAGAAAUCGUGUACAGCCAAAUAUUUAA